UGCAAAUAUUGAUUUUCCUCGCGCUCAGCAAUUUGUCAACAAAUAAAAUACCGUGAGGUUUUAUAUUUUAUGAUAACUUAACCAUAACAAUAAAUGAAUAAGUAUUAAUUGACAAUAUAAUUUUAAGUGAACUGAAAAUGUGCGAAGAAUUAAAGUUACUGAAACAAGGGGCAGAGGCCAAAUUGUUCAUAUGCAAAUACCUCGGAAAACCGACUUUGAUCAAAGAAAGAUUUAAGAAAAACUAUCGUCAUCCUGAUUUAGAUUCUACGAUUACAAAAGAAAGGAUUAAAAACGAAGCACGAUCAAUAUUAAGAUGUAUUUUAGCGGAAGUUAAAACACCGGCAUUGUAUUUGGUAGAUUUCGAUAGACGACGAAUUUAUAUGGAGUAUAUGGAAACCAGUAUUACGGUAAAAGACUUUAUUAUAAACGUAGUAAAGAAUGUAGAAGAAAACGAGGAUAUUUUAAACUUCAUUGCCAAAGUAAUCGCUGAAUCUGUGCGAAAAAUGCACGAUAAUAACAUCAUACACGGCGAUUUGACGACUUCUAAUAUGUUGUUAGUCGAGAUAACACCGACUAAAGUUAAAGAUGAUGCUAAAUGGUUAAACCACGAAAAUCUGGAGUUGGUGAUGAUUGACUUUGGCCUAUCUUACAUAGAUUCUAGUGCAGAAGACAAGGGUGUUGAUUUGUACGUUUUAGAAAGAGCUUUUAUAAGUACACAUAAUAAUUAUCCGAAACUGUUUGAUAAAUUUCUGGAAUACUAUAAAAGUUACAGUAAGAAUAAUGUCAAAGAAAUAUUGAGUAAGUUUGAAGAAGUGAGAGCGAGGGGCAGAAAGAGAACAAUGGUAGGGUAAAACAGAAGACUAGUUUCAUAGGACAUAUAUUUUAUUAGUAGGUAUCCAUUUUUGUAUGCAACAUAUCUGCAUAUCUACAGUAAAUGAGUAUCACCUUUUUUUUUUUUAAAUUUUAUGACCCGCUAACAUACAGUAACAUAGACAAAGGUCUAACCAUAGACCUAUAGAGGUCACAUCUUAUUUGGAAAUGAGUGUCAUUCAUAAACUAUACUCUAAGGAAUAUAUAGAAUCAUCAUCAAUCUGCCCUUAUCCCUAUGGAGGGUCCGCACAGUAUGUACUCCUUCAUACAUCUCUAUCAGC